AACCAGAAAAAUAAGUUGCGAUGAUGAUCCCAACGGUUGGCGAGGAAUGAGGGACCUUGUCAUCGUCUUCGGCUCAUCCUCAUCCUCCGCCAUAACCAAUCCUCAUCACCGCAACAACCACCACCGCUAUCGCCCCGCUGCAUCAUCGGAGCCAAGCCGGAACACUAAAUCCAGCUCUUCUCUUGCCAAGUCACCGCCGUCGCUGCCGCAGCACCACUCAGCUGUUCCACCCCCAGCUCCGGUCUCCGCCGCUUGUGCUCGCUCCCUACGCAUAUCUACCACCGUCGAAUGGAAUCCGGACGGCUCAGUGGAGUACUACGCCGAACUCGCUUCGAAGCUGGCCGAGGACGGCCGGCUUCAGGACGUCGCGCUUAUCGCGGAAACCGUCGGCGCCGUUUCGGGCGCGAACGUCUCGCGUUUCGCGUCGAUGCUUGAUUUUGAUCUUCUAGCGAGAGGAAUUUGGUUGAAUCUUCAACAAGGGAAGAUCGAGUGCGUAAUUCAGACAUUGCCGAAACUUGAGACGGUAGGGAUUCCUCCAUUGGAUCUUAUCGACGAAUCUUCUGUGAAAUUGAUGAGGAAACUGUUUCGAGGAAUGGUUAAUUCUGGUGAAGUGGAGAAAUUCGUUGGUUUAGUGGAGAUACUUGCAGGUUUCCAAUUCAAAAUCAAAGAGCUGGUCGAUCCGUUUGAUAUUGUAAAUAUUUGUGUCGACAAUUCCGAUCCUGAUUUAGCCAUUAGAUAUUCGUGUCUUUUGCCACAUUCAGAGAUAUUGUUCUGUAGAAUUAUUCAUGGAUUCGGGAAGAAAGGAGAUAUGGGCUCUGUAAUGGCAACUUAUGAAGCCUGCAAACAGAUUUUAGUUACUCCUAACAUGUACAUAUACCGGUCAAUGAUAGAUGCUAGUGGUCUCUGUGGUGACUACAUGAAAUCGAGGUACAUAUAUGAGGAUCUUCUCAAACAAAACGUUAAGCCAAAUAUCUAUGUCUUAAACAGUCUAAUGAACGUGAAUUCCAAUGAUAUUGGAUACACACUAGAAAUAUACAAGAAUAUGCAGAAACUUAAUGUUGCAGCUGAUAUGGCAUCAUAUAAUAUACUUCUGAAAGCAUGUUGCCUGGCUGGACGGGUUGAUCUUGCCCAAGACAUCUACAAAGAAGCGAAGCGAAUGGAAUCUUCAGGAGUGUUGAAGUUAGAUUCCUUUACAUAUUGUACUAUCAUAAAGGUCUUUGCAGAUGCAAAGUUGUGGAAAAUGGCAUUAAAAGUCAAAGAAGACAUGCAAUGCGCAGGGGUAAAACCAAAUACUCAUACAUGGUCUUCGUUAAUCAGCGCCUGUGCCAAUGCUGGCCUAGUAGAGCAAGCAAAUCACUUAUUUGAAGAAAUGCUUGCUGCUGGAUGUGAGCCUAAUUCCCAGUGCUUCAACAUCCUACUACAUGCUUGUGUUGAAGCUCACCAGUAUGACCGGGCUUUUCGUCUUUUUCAACUUUGGAAGGGAAGUCCAGACGAGGAAGCUUUACAUUCAGAUGAUAUAGUUAGCAAUGGCGGUGUUUCCGACCUGAAGAAAAUGAACAGGCAUGGGAUCAGUGUGGUGAAUAGAAAAUCUGGUUUACCUUAUACCCGAUGUUCGAAGAGGUUUUUCUUCAAACCCACAACUGCUACUUAUAAUAUACUGUUGAAGGCGUGUGGUACUGAUUACUAUCGAGGAAAAGAGUUGAUGGGUGAGAUGAAGAGCCUAGGUCUAGCACCUAAUCUUAUAACUUGGUCGACUUUGAUCAAUAUGUGUGGUGGUUCAGGCGAUGUAGAAGGUGCUAUACAGAUUUUGAGAACUAUGCAUGCGGCUGGAAUCAAACCUGAUGUUGUUGCAUACACCACAGCCAUCAAGGUUUGUGUGGAAAGUAAAAAACUGAAGCUGGCGUUUUCUCUGUUCGAGGAGAUGAGGAGAUAUCAGAUAAAACCAAAUUUGGUGACAUACAACACACUCCUAAGAGCUCGAAGUAAAUAUGGUUCUUUACACGAAGUGCGGCAAUGCUUAGCCAUAUAUCAAGAUAUGCGGAAAGCUGGUCUCUACCACAGGUACAAACCUAACGAUUACUUUCUCAAGGAACUUAUUGAGGAGUGGUGUGAAGGAGUCAUACAAGAAGACAGUUAUAAUCAAGACAAAACAAUCAAUCAGAGACAAACUAACUUGGGGAGACCUGUAAGUUUACUCAUUGAAAGAUUAUCUGUGCACUUGCAAGAAAGAACAGCCGGGAACCUCGCAAUUGACCUUCAAGGACUUACUGAGGUUGAGGCCCGGAUCGUCGUUCUUGCUGUUCUGCGUAUGAUCAAAGAAGACUUCAUGCGAGGUGAUGGUGUUAUAGAUGAUGUCUUAAUCAUCUUAGGAACAGCUGAAGCGAUUAGUGAUUCAGGAAAGCAAGAGCGUGUUGUGAAAGAUGCACUAAUUAAGCUCCUAAACAGUGAGUUGGCACUCAAGGUUGUUCCUGCUGGUCGAAAGCAUGCACGAGAAACAGGCUUUGAUGCUAAAAGUUCGGAUGACUCGGAUCAAUUUUCGGAUCUAGAGAAUGAUAAACCACGGGAAGUCGCAUCUUCAACGAGGAGACCUGCAAUUCUGCAGCGGUUGCUGGUGACAAAGCAGUCACUGCAUCAGUGGUUACAGCGAAAGAGUAGCCGCUCUUGAUGGGUAAAUUACUCUAAUCAUAUAUUUUUUUGGUUGCAUGCAAAUUGCCACACCCUUCAUUCAAAAAUUAUAUGCAUGUAUUUAUACAUGCGGUGUAGUUUGAGGACCUAUCGGAUAUAAAGUAUCAGUUAUCUA